CCAAUCUCUUGCAUACACUCACACACACACACACUCUCUCUCUCUCUCUCUUUCAUGGCUUCUUUCUCUCCUUCCUGGGAGAAUUUCCCUUCUUCCUAUAAACAUCUCUCCUUUACUUUCAUUGCAUUCCUGGUGUCAGCCCUCAUUCUCUUCUUCUCACGGAAAUCCAAACCCAAGUCACUCAACUUGCCCCCCGGCCCGCCUGGAUGGCCCAUCGUAGGCAACCUCUUCCAAGUGGCCCGAUCUGGCAAGCAGUUCAUACACUACGUCCGCGAUCUCAGCCCAAUCUACGGCCCCAUCUUCACCUUAAAGAUGGGUGCCCGGACUUUGAUCAUCAUCUGCAACCCCGAUUUGGCCCACGAAGCCCUCAUCCAGAAGGGCCCGGCAUUCGCAAGUCGACCUCCCGAGACCCCAACUCGUAGAAUCUUCAGCUGCGACAAGUUCACUGUCAAUUCCUCAGUCUAUGGCCCUGUCUGGCGAUCUCUCCGUCGCAACAUGGUCUCGAACAUGCUCAGCACGACCCGCAUCCGUGGAUUCCGUGGGGUCCGGGAAUCAGCCAUGGACCGGUUCAUCGAGCGCUUAAGAUCCGAGUCUGAGUCAGCUCAUCCCGAUUCAACUCCUGGCUCGGUUGAGGUUCUGAACAACGUCCGCUUCGCCGUGUUUUGCAUUCUCCUGUCAAUAUGUUUCGGCCUCGACAUGGACGAGAAAACGAUCGUGAAAAUUGAUCUGGUCAUGAGGAAAGUGCUAAUCGCGCUCAUGCCUAGGAUUGAUGAUUAUCUGCCCCUCCUGAGACCGUUCUUCACGAAGCAGCAGAAACAAGUAUUGGAGGUCCGCGACGAGCAAAUCCGGACGCUUGUCCCUUACAUCAACCAACGUCGGUUGGAACUCAAAGAACCGUCGCCUGACAAGAAAUCUGCAUCAUUCGCAUACCUCGACACUCUCUUCGAUCUCAAGAUCGAAGGGCGGACGUCGGUACCAACCGACGCCGAGCUCGUGAGCCUCGUCUCUGAGUUCCUCAACGGCGGGACGGACACGACUGCAACCGCAAUCGAGUGGGGUAUCGCGCGUCUGAUCGACCAACCUGAUAUCCAAACGAAACUCUACCAAGAGAUCGUAUCGGUUGUAGGAGAUAGAAAAGUAGAAGAGGAGGACGUGGACAAGAUGCCAUAUCUUAAUGCCUUCACCAAGGAAUUAUUACGAAAACAUCCUCCCACGUUCUUCGCCUUGACCCACGCAGUCAUAGAGCCAACUACAUUGGGCGGCUACGAUAUCCCCAAAAACGCUGACGUGGAGUUCCAUCUACCGUCCAUGUCCGAGGACUCGAAACGAUGGUCCGAUCCGAAGCGUUUCGAUCCCGAAAGGUUCAUAUCCGGCCACGAAGAUGCCGAUAUGACGGGCGUUACAGAGAUCAAGAUGAUGCCGUUCGGCGCCGGCCGUAGGAUCUGCCCAGGCCUGAGCAUGGCCACACUCCACAUCAAUCUAAUGGUGGCGAGGAUGGUGCAGGAAUUCGAGUGGUCCAACGUGGACCCCACCCGGCGCACAUUAGACUUCAGCGAGAAGCUUAUAUUCACGGUCGUGAUGAACACACCGUUGCGUGCGGUUAUCAAGCCGAGGAAGUGAGAGGCGGUGUUGGUUGGUGGCCGGAAUCUGACGCCGGUGGCAGGAUCUGACACCGCAGACCGAGUUCCGGACAUGGAUAGGGAAUAUUUUUCUUUAUUGCUUUUACAAAGAAAUGCUAGUGAUACUCAAGCGAGUGCAUUUUCUUCAAUGCGCCUCUCGCACGUGGAAACUUGAUGCGCAUGUGAAAGAUCCAAGCUGCUCCUCAUCGGGGCGCC